CCAAGUUUGAGGGUCUUUCUAUCUAUUUUGUUUUCAAUGGAGCCAAAGCAACAAAGUUUCUCUUCUCUUCACUCUUCUGUUCUUAUGUCUCCUUUCAAUAGCAAAUGAAUAUCCACUUCAAGUUGGAGUAUCCUCAAGUUUGAAUUGAUUCUUGGGUACGAGAAUGGAGGAGGGUGGUCUGAGUCAAAGUGGAGAAGAACCCAAAUCAUGGGAUGAGCUUUACAAUGUCAAUCUGAUGCCUUCAGAGAUUUUUCUCAAGUUCAGAAAAGAAAUCGAGGGCUAUCGAGUUGGUGUUAACUUGGAGUUUUACAAUGCCCCAUACAAUGAAUAUCUGGCUAAGCUGGUCUUAAAGCCUUUAGCCCCUGAGCGGAAAUGGAAGUUCAUAUAUGAGCCUUUGCAUCAUGAAGUGCGCCUUCUUUCCAAGAAGAUCCCAGUGACAAAAUUUCUGAAUCUUCAGGUUGGUGUAGGCCAUAGCUUUCAGUUGCAUGCAACUGGUUGGAAAUGGAAGCUCACUUCUUGUUUCGGUGGAGAUGGGAUCUCCAGCAUCCGGAAUAAAACAUCACUUGGAUUAUGUCCUGGUGUGGAUUUCCGUUUUGGAUGGAAAGCAGAUUAUGUAUUUCCAGAAGUUACUGGAGGUUUAGGCACUGGUGAACCGUUAUUCAAUAUGAAUUCUGGACGACUACAAGCGUCACUGGAUAGAGUGGAGGCCAUCUUUUCCCAAUAAGCACAAUCCGUACUUGGAGUUUCUAACAAGCAUGUAAGAAAGAAGUAGAGAGCUCGUAAUAUGGAAGAUAUGAUUGAUCACUGUGGGUUGUACAGCCAAGAUUGUACAUCAUAAUGGGUCGUCUUUGACGGGGAUGUUUUUUAAAAUGAUGCUAGUACUGAAAGUUUGAUUUAUCUCGAGUUGUACUCUGUAAAUUAGUAUCACUCUCUCUACCUUUACUUAAUCUGUUUGCUGUAACAUAGGAUGCUAUCAUCAGGUUCUAUUUUGGGAACACCCUGAAUGUACAGUAAUGUUGAAGACAUCGUAAUUACAACAAGUCCAAUGUAAUCCCACAGGUGGGGUCUCGGGAGGGUAGAGUAUAUGCAGACCUUAUCCCUACAUAAAGGUAGAGAGAGCUUGUUAACAUAGACCCUCGGCUGAACGAACUAAUUACAACAAUCACAAUUCCUUAAUUUGUGGUUGAUUGUCAAUUCAUGGGCAUGUGAGGAUGUAAUUUUAUUUGUUCAUCGUAGGAGAAAAAUCUCAACGAUGGGAGGCUGUAGAUGAAACUAUAAUAUAAAAGUGCCGUGAUUAGGUAAGGUGAACUGAUACGUGAGUUGUAAUACCAACGAAUUCUAUAGGGAUUUUGAGGGGGCUUAGAUAGAAAAGAGAUUGACUGUGUUUGUUUCUAUAUUUAUCUCGUGUUUGAUUAGGGACAUGUAAAUAGACUGAAGUAGAAUUUGUCUAUAUUUGACGAUAAUACAAUUGGUUUAUCUUGUGUUUCAU